GCCCAGGGCUGGCUGCUUUGCUGGUCCUUUUGCUGUGAACUUGGUCGACUUUGAGUACUAGCCGGUAUAUUUUCAUGUCUGUGGAGUAGUCUUUCCUGGGAGUGACCCCAAUUCUGCCAUGAAGGUUGCUUGUUUUCCCCGGUGUUUCCAGGGUGGAAAGCCAACUGGGCCAUGGCAGAGAGGGGUACUCCCCUGUGCCCUCCAGCAGCAAGUUCUGUGUUAUGUUCUGCCACCCUACACCCUUUUGUUUCAUGGAGGAUUGUUUUCAUGUCAUCUGAUAUGAUAUGUUUCUGUGUGGCUAAUUGCUCAGAAGCGUUUCCCAUCUGACCUCAGAUUUUGUUUCUUUGGUUUUGUAAGUAGACUUCAAAUGAAGGCCAAGAUACUUUUCCCCAACUCUUUUGCUCUUGGACUCUCGUGGAUAAAGUGCAGAGCAAGCCUGGGUCUCUCAAAUCAUGGUCCUUCUACCACCUGCCUCAACUACCUGGAGAGCUUGUUGCAAACACAUAUUCCUAGGCCCCCAUUGCAGAUGUCUGACUCAGAAUCUUUGGGAGUGAUGUUCCUUGGUGCUUCUGGUAGAGACUAAAUUUAGAGAACCAUAGAUCUGGUAGCUUCUCUAGUUACAGUGACUUCUUUUUUUAAACCUUGAGUAGGUUAUACAUUUGGGGUACAAUAAACCUGUCUAGGUUGAACCCCUCUGCCUGCAUUUCACACCUGUGGGAGUCAGUUGUUGGCACAUGGGGCAGAUCCAUAACUACCACUUACUAUUGUGUGCCCUGUGGGAUGGUCCCCUCAUGGAGGCUACAGUGGGUCUUCUCUAAGCAGGAUUUCCUAAAUCUGGCUGCCCAUUGACCCCCCCAAGAGGAGCUUGUCAACAUGCUGAUUUCCAAACCUUCCUGCAGGGCUCUAGUCGAGGUAGCCAGAAGUGAGACUAGGGCAGGCCAGCACAGUGGCUCACACCUGUAAUCCCAGCACUUUGGGAGGCCGAGGCAGGCAGAUCACCUGAGGACAGAGUUCAAGACCAGCCUGGCCAACAUGGUGAAACCCCGUCUCUACUGAAAAUACAAAAAUUAGCCUGGAAAAAUGAAUGAAUGAAUGAAUGAAUGAAUGAAUGAAUGAAUGAAAGUCCAGGUGUAGUGGCUCACUCCUGUAAUCCAAGCACUUUGGAGGCCAGGGUGGGCAGAUCACCUGAGGUCGGGAGUUCAAGACCAGCCUGACCAAUAUGGUGAAACCCCGUCUUUAAAAAAAAAAAAAUUAGGCUAGGAGGCGGAGGUUGCUAUGAACCAAGAUUGCACUGCUGCACUCCAGCCUGGGUGACAGAGACUACAUCUCAAAAUUAUAUAUAUAUAUAAAUAAUAGUUCACAAUAGUUGUGAAACAUAACAUUAAUAAUGGAACAAAUUAUUAUUAUGUACCUUCUUAUGUGUUGCAAUAUAAGGUAUGUAAUAUCAGCUAUAUAGCAUUUUCCCAAAAAUGUUUAACCUGAAUCAAAUUAUAAAGAGACAAAUCCAGAUCGUGAGGUACUUUACAAGACAAAUGCCUAUAUUCUUGAAAAAUGUCAAUGCUAUAAUCCCAGCACUUUGAGAGGCUGAACCAGGAGGCUCUCUUGAGUUCAGGAGUUUGACACCAGCCUGGGCAAUGAAGCAGGACCCGGUAAAUUAAAGAUUAGCCAGGCAGGGUGGCAUGCCUAUAGUCCCAGCUACUUGGGAGGCUGAGGUAGGAAGACCACUUGAUCCUAGGAGGUUGAGGCUGCAGUGAGCCAUGAUUUACACCACCACAUUCCAAGCUGGGCAACACACUGAGACCCUACCUAAAAAAAAAAAUAAAUACACACACACAUACACUCCAAUGCUAUGAAAGACAUAAAAAGACAAGGGGCUGGGGCUAUUCUACAUUUAAGGAAACAUAGCUGUUUAAAUGCACUCUUGAUCCUCGAUUAGAUCCUGAAAUUGAAAGAAAAAAGGUCAUUUUUAAGAACAAUUGGAAAAAUAUGAGCUUUUAAGGACAAUUGGAAAAAUACUGUAUAUUACUUAAUAGUACUGUACUACUGUGCAAUUCCCUGGAUGGAUUAUGGAAUUAUGGUUAUAUAGGAUAAUGUCCCUGUUGCUAGGAGAUAAAGGCUAAAGUAUUAAUGGAUAAAAUGACCUGAUGUCUUUAACCUAAUUGUCAAAUGAUUCAAUUGAUUUAGUUGUCAAAAAAUAAAACAUCUGCAUGUGAAGAGAAGAUAAAGCAAAUGUGGUAAAACGUAGCAACUUGUGAAGCUAGGUGAGUGGCAUUUAGGGAUUCAUUGCAUCGUUCUUUUAACUUUUCUAUAGGAUUGGAAAUUUUCAAAACAAAAUAAAAGUUGUGGCUGUUUGUUGAUUAUAUGUUGACUAGUAUGUGCUCUGCAGGCCCUUUCUGUACCUGAUGGCCCCACUUCCGGUGGUUAUAAUGUGCCUGCUGUAGUUUGUGUUGCGGGUCACUUUAGGGACAUCAGAACAAGACAGGGUGACUACACUCUUAAAAGUGUAAUAUUUGACUUUCUAUUUUCCAGAUUUUCUGUAAUAUGAUUGUACUAUUUAAAUAACAGGUAAGCUUUUCACAUGUCACGAGGGCUGGACUGCAGGCCUCACCUUGCGGUGGUGUCCCAGAGCAGAGUCUGAGGUGGAGAGAGUCAUGGCAGGACAAGCAUUUAGAAAGUCUCUUCCACUCUUUGACCGAGUAUUGGUUGAAAGAAGUGCUGCUGAAACUAUAACCAAAGAAGGCAUUAUGCUUCCAGAAAAAUCUCAAGGAAAAGUAUUGCAAACAACAGUAGUUGCUGUUGGAUCAGGUUCUAAAGGAAAGGGUGGAGAGAUUCAACCAGUUAGUGUGAAAGUUGGAGAUAAAGUUCUUCUCCCAGAAUAUGGAUGCACCAAAGUAGUUCUAGAUGACAAGGAUUAUUUCCUAUUUAGAGAUGGUGACGAAAGUACGUACACUGAAAUAAAUCACUCUUGAAAUGGUAUCACUGUGAAGCUGUGCAUUCCACUGAAGUUCUAAAAUCUUUCAUCAUAUAAACAAUUUCCAUAUCUCUCUUUUAAUAAUAAACUAAUGAUAACUAAUAAAAAAAAAAGACAGGUAAAACAAAUCUACUUUGAAUUUUUUUUAGAAUAUGGCAGGAAAUAAUAAUAUAUUAUUUAAAUAAUGGGAAAAUGGUAAAGAAAAGUAAAUGGUAACUGAUUUAAGAUAGGAUACCAUGGCUAUGAGCCUAAAUGAUGAUGAGAAUAAGACUAACAUUUGAACUUGUGCUCUGCAUGCCAGUUCAAGUGAUCAUGGAAUAUGUAGACAAGCCUAUGAAUUAGGCACUGUGAUAUGCCAGCUUUUCAGUUGCAGAAAGCAAGACAACACAGACAGGUUGAGCUGCAUGUUCAAGAUCACACCUCUAGUGAGUAUAAAGGCAAAUUUGAACCCAGACAGUAUAGCUCUGAAUGGCAGCUCUUAGCCAGACACAAUGGCUUAUGCCUGUAAUCCAGCACUUUAGGAGGCCAAGGUGGGAGGUUGGCUUACUCCUAGGAGUUCAAGACUAGCCUAGGCAGCAUAAGGAGACUCUGUCUCUACAAAAAAAUUUAAAACUUAGCCAUUGUGGUGAUGUGUGCUUGUGGUCCCAGCUACUCAGGAGGCUGAGGUGGGAGGAGUGUGCAUAAGCCUGGAAAGUACAGGCAGCAGUGAAUAGUAAUGGCACCAUUGCACUCCAGCCUGGAUGACAGAGACCCUGUCUCAAAAGAAGAAGAAAACAAAAAAAAAAAAGGCCGGGCAUGGUGGCUCAUGCCCGUAAUCCUAGCACUUUGGGAGGCCAAGGUGGGCGGAUAAUGAGGUCAGGAGUUCGAGAUCAGCCUGGCCGACAUGGUGAAACCUUGUCUCUACUAAAAAUAUAAAAAUUAGUUGGGUAUGGUGGUGGGAAUCUCAGCUACUCAGGAGGCUGAGGCAGGAGAAUCGCUUGAAACCAGAAGGCAGAGGUUGCAGUGAGCCGAGAUUGUGCCACUGCACUCCAGCCUGGGCAACAAGAGUAAAACUCCAUCAAAAGGAAAAGAAAAAAAAGGAACAGUCCAGGUGUGAUAGCUCAUGCUUGUAAUCCCAGCACUUUGGAAGCCAGGGCAGCUGGUUUACCUGAGGUCAGGAGUUUGAGACCAGCCUGGCCAACAUGGUGAAACCCUGUCUCUACUAAACAUAUAAAAAUUAGCUGAGUGUGGUGGUGGUGGGUACCUGUAAUGCCAGCUACUCAGGAGGCUGAGGCAGGAGAAUCACUUGAAAUCAGGAGGCAGAGGUUGCAGUGAGCUGAGAUCAUGCCAUUGCACACCAGCCUGGGCAGUGAGAGUGAAACUUUGUCUCAAAAACGAAACCAAAAAAAAGUACAUAUAACUAUACAGCUUGAUGAGUUUUCACAAACUAUAUACACCCAUGUAACUAGCAUCUAAACUGUGAAACAAACCAGUUCUCCAGAAACGUGUCUUAUGUCUCCUUUUAGUCAAUACUCUUACCUUCUCCUGACUUCCAACAACACCACUCUUUUUUUUUGGUUGUUUGAUUUCACUGCAUAGUUAGGUCCUUAGCACUGUGGGCCUGAACUUAUUGCUAAUAGCCUAAGUAGGCCUCCAUCUCCACUUCUCUCGCCUGAACUGUUCUCCAUCUGCCUGUGACUGCCAGAUCAAGGCAGCAGCAUAGUGUGGUGGUUUAAGAGCAUGGCCUCCUGACCCAGACAGCCUGCAUUCAUAUUGGCUCUGUCAGUUACUGCCUCCUUGGGCAACACGUUUGUCCAUUUGCUCAGCUAUGCAGCAGGGAUAAUAGUUACCACAUGAAGUUAUUGAGAGGAUGAAGUGAGUUAAUACCCGUAAAACACUUAGAACAUGCCUAGUAUGCAGUACGUACUAUAUAAGUUUUACAAUGACUCAUACCCGUAAUCCCAGCACUUUGGGAGGCCUAGUCAGGCAGAUCACUUGAAGUUAGGAGUUCAAGAUCAACCUGGCCAACAUGGUGAAACCCCAUUAUUCAUUAUCAUUAUCUUUAUCAUUAUCAUUAUUCAGUCUUUUAAAACUUUAUAUGGAUCAUGAAGGUGGGUAUCUUGGUCUUUUUUUUUUCAAUGACAGUAAUGACCCUAUUUAACAGCAAAACUAUUAGCAAAUGUCUUGCUUGUCUCUGAAUCAGAUGUGUGGCCUGAGCUGACGUGAUGACAUUUGGAGGCAUUAUCUUACACAGAAAAUCAGUGAUAUUGAUAUAAAUAAAAUUGCCUUACUUUGUACAUCGUAUUAUAUAGGCAAAAACGUUAAGUUCAGAUGUGGCUUCUUGUUUUUUUGUAGUUAAUUUACAUAGUUGCCUGUGAAGUCUUAUGCAAAUCAAUCCAUAUUCUAAGUCCACUAGAGCUCAUCCAGUUUAGUGGGACCUUGUAGUAAAUCUCUUAAUAAGGUGAAGAAUCUUUUUUUUUUUUUUUUGAGACGGAGUCUUGCUCUCUCGACAGCCUCGAGUGCAGUGGUACAAUCUUGUCUCACUGCAACCUAUGCCUCCUGGGUUCAAAUGAUUCUCCUGCCUCAGCCUCCUGAGUAGCUGGGACUAUAGGCGCAUGCCACCAUACCCAGCUAAUUUUUAUAUUUUUGGUAGAGACAGGGUUUCACCAUUUUGGCCAGGAUGGUCUCAAUCUCUUGACCUGUGAUCUGCCCACCUCAACCUCCCAAAGUGCUGGGAUUACAGAUGUAAGCCACCGUACCUGGCCAAGAAUCUUUUUAUAGUGUAAGUAAUUGCCCCUUACUGUAAAUAUUUUAUAAGAUUGGCUGUAGGCCUAUCAGGUUUUCUCAGAGCAGAGCCUCAGCUGCUGCUGCAGAGCACCUCCUUUGUGACUUGUAGGCAUUACUCUACCCCGUGUGGUUACACACUACAAGAGUUACACGUAUAAUACUGUACAGAACAUGUGUCAUUUAUGUUUGAUGUGUACACAGAUAUACCUGCCUAUGUAUAUAGCAUAAUUCUGUUUCAUGUUCUUGCCUCACUUGUGCUGUCCACCUUAAACUUAGUGAGUUUAUGGGAAGCAUUCCACCCAUCCAUUUGCAUGUGAGAACAUGCUGAGCAGUAUAAUUAAGUAAGUGGGCUGCUUAAACCUGCUUUUCCAGAUCUAAGUAACAUCCACAGUCCUACGACCCAGCCUUGGAAAUAGCAUCAAGGCAGUGGGAGGCGAAUGAAAGGGGAAGGAUGAAGCUCUGGUGUGUGUGGGGCAGGGGUGGAGAGGCCCACGCCCAGCCAUGGAGCUGUAUGAGGCAGCCUUGGAGGCCUGCUCUGAAGCAUGACUCAGAUGACUUCUGUAACAGCCCUGACCUGCUGGUGGACAGCUACCCUCUGGUAGGUUUGCGCAGAGGUGGAAGCUGAGCUGGAGAGAAAAGGAAGUCGAAAUGAGAGAGAUCUGAGAAUGAGGAGCACCCAGAGGCAGUGAAGGCUUCUAGAUAUGGCUAGGUGUGAAUAGAUUAGGGUGAUUUUAGUUAGGAUUCUUAUAGUCAUAAGAAAAUAGGUGGGGCAAAGUGGUUUAUAACUGUAAUCCCAGCACUUGAGAGGCCUAGACAGGCAGAUCACUUGAGGUUAGUAGUUCAAGAUCAGCCUGGCCAACAUGGUGAAACCCCAUCUCUACUAAAAAUACAAAAAAUUAGCUGGGCAUGGUGGUGCACACCUGUAAUCCCAGCUACUUGGGAGGCUAAGGCAUGAGAAUAGAGAAUUACUUGAACCCGGGAGGCAGAGGUUACACUACUGCACUUCAACGUGGGUGACAGAGUGAGACUCCAUCUCGGAAAAAAAAAAAAAAUUAGCUGGGUUUGGUAGUAUGCACUUGUGAUCCCAGCUACUUGGGAGGCUGAGUCAGGAAAAUCAUUUGAGCCCAGGAGGUCAAGGCUACAGUUAGCUGUGAUCAUGCCGCUACAGUCAGCGUGGCUGAUAGAUCAAGACCCUGUCUCUUAAAAAAAAAAAAAAAAAGGAAAAAGAAAAUGGCAGAAACCCAACUCAAACUACGUUAAACAAUAACAGGGCUAGGCAUGGUGGCUCACACCUGUAAUCCCAAUACUUUCAGAAGCUGAGGCAGUGAGGCAGCAGAUUGCUUGAGCCCAGGAGUUUGAGACCAGCCUGGGCAACAUGGUGAAACCCCACAGGGGUAGAGUAAAAAUAUUGAAAAUUAGCCAAGCAGGGCUGGGUGCAGUGGCUCAUGCCUGUAAUCCCAGCAAUUUGAGAGGCCAAGGUGGGUGGAUCACGAGGUCAGGAGAUCCAGACCAUCCUGGCCAACAUGGUGAGACCCUGUCUUAAAAAAAAAAAAAAAAAAAAAAAAAUUAGCCAAGCAUGGUGACAUGCAUCUGUAGUCCCAGCUAUUCAGGAGGCUGAGGUAAGAGAAUCACUUGAGCCAGGAAGGUCGAGGCUGCAGUGAGCCACGAUUGCACAACCGCACUCCCCUUUGGACAAAGCAAGACCCUGUCUUAAAUAAAAAACAAACAGACAAAAAACAGACUUUAUUGCCUCAGGUGACUGGGACAACAAGGUUUCAGGUGUGGCUUGAUCUGUAUGUUCAAUGGGGUCCUCUGGGCUAUGAUGAUAGCUGUGACUCUGUAUGUUGAUCUUGUUCCGUAGACUCUCCCCACGUGCCACCACUGGGGAGAUGAGUACCAUCAUUCCUAGUUUCAGUUUAUCUCAGUUUAUAGUCCCAGCAGGCACAGGGCUUUUAACUUUGGCAUUUUUUUGUUUGUUUACUGAUUUUUUUUUUUUUUGAGGUGGAGUCUUGCUCUGUUGUUCAGGCUGAAAUGCAGUGGUGCAAUCUCAGCUCACUGCACCUCCAACUCCCAACUUCAAGCAGUUCUCCUGCCUCAGCCUCUGGAGUAGCUGGGACCACAGGUGUGCACAACCAUGCCCCACUAACUUUUGUAUUUUUAGUAAAGACCAGGUUUUACCAUGUUGUCCAGGCUGGUCUCGAACUCCUGGCCUCAGGUGAUCCACCCACUAUGGCCUUCCAAAGUGCUGGGAUUACAGGUGUGAGCCCCACACCUGGCCUGUUUUUUUAUUUGAUUGUUGAGACAGGGGUCUUGCUUUGUCACCCAGGCUAGAGUACAGUGGCACCUUCUUAGUUCACUGCGGCCUUGAAUUUCUGGGUUCAAAUGAUCUUCCCAUUUCAGCCUCCUGAGUAGCUACAACUACAGGUGCACACCACCAUACUCAGCUAGUUUUUAAAUUUUUUCUAGAGACAAGGUCUCGCUGUUGCCCAGGUUUUGGUCUUGAACUCCUAGGCUCAAGUGAUCUACCCAGUUUGGCCACCCAAAGUGCUAGUAUUAUAUGUGUGAGCCACUGUGCCCAUCCAAGGCUUUAAACUCUGAACAUUUCUGCAUGAGUUCUGGGAUAGGACACAGAUUCAUUCUGUCUGGGACAUGUGAGCACCUGGUUGGUGGCAGUGGUCCAGAUGGAGCACCAGGAUUUGCAUUGAAAGUCUUCCCUCUGCCCUUUACUUCCAAGUACAUGGAGUAGGAGGGAAGUCCUCUAAAGCAAACACUAAGCACUGACAGGAUAGCCUGGGUUUGCAUAGCAAAAUCAGUUGCUGCCACAGGGCUGUAGGGACAUCUCUUACCUCAGUAAUCAUGGUGUGCAGUUAAGCUUGGAAGUCAGAUUAUUAGAGAAGGUGUCGAUGGAGCAGGCUGCUUCUGUUCUGUCUUGUAUGUGUUGGGAUGGUUUUGACUACGAGUAAUAGAACACCCUGACCAGAGUAGCCUAACAAUAAGGGCACUUACCUUUUAUGGCAAGCCAUCUGGAGGAGGGGCAGUUCCAGGGUUGGCUGUCAUCUAUUCAGCAAUAUUGUCAGGGCCUGAAUGGUUCUUAACUUCUCUGCCCUCCUCAGCACUUUGGCUUGUCUUUUUCAUCAUAUUCCAGAGAUGGCUGCUGUGAUCCUAGCAUCCUGAUCACCCUUGACAGAGUUUACAGGCAGUAAGAGAUAUUUCUGUCCUGUGUCCUUUAAAGAUGAACCAAAACCUCCACAGAAUCACCCUUUUUGGUGUCCUCUUUGCAUCUCAUUGGCUAGAGUUAGGUCAAGGAUGAUAUUGGCUGGGAAUGGGCCUAGCUCCAUGAAUAACCAGGGAAUGACCAGGAAAAGGCAGAAAAACAAAAUUGGGGUUCUGUUAGUUAGGAGGAGAAUGGCAAAACACUCCCACCUGAGAAGCCCCAGCCCUGCCUGAAGAUCAGAGGAAUCUUUCAUAUUGGUCAAGACACUGGGAAGAGAAUGUUCCAGUCAUGAGGACAGGAUGACUGUCAUUUCACCUGCUAUGGCAGAUUUACAAACAAAUCUAGCCUGUGACAUGAGUCGUUUGGAAAGUUUUACAGUAAAUGUAUCAGUAACUUCACCAGUAACUUCUGUGUCUGUCUGUCCUACUUUGCAGCCAGUUUUUCUUACUUCCCUGUUCCCCUUUCAUUUUACGAUCAGCUUAUUUGUCUCAGAUUGCCAGUGACUGUUCCCCUGCCCCCUAUCCUCUGGGUUUCAUUAGAAAGAAACCAUUCCCCAACUCAGCAGAGCUUGAUUUCUGAGUGUGCUUUAGAAUUCUGCUGGAGAGGCUGUCAGCUCUCAGUUAUGCCAUUGGUAGGCCUUAACCACAAAUUCCAAGGCAAUUUCAUUUGUGUUUUUAGGAAAAACAUAUCACCCAACCUUGUAACUGACACUGGAAAUUGAAGUGCCUUCGCUUGCUGCUGUUUAAUGGCAACCUCAUGACAUGUGCUAAGUCAGCUCAAUUUGUGAUUUGGGCCCAGGUCGGGAGUGGGAUGGCACUGCAUGAGUAGGGGUCUCUCCCAGGCCAUCGGAGCUCAUGGCUGAUCCAAUCCUGGGGUACUGACAGACUCUAAUGCUAACAGAGGUUUUUUUCUGUUUGUUUGUUUUUACAUUUUCUACCCUUUCCCCUAUUUAUAAAAGAAAUACUUGCUCAUUAUAAAAUUGAAACUUAGAAAUAUAAAAUCUGACAUAGAAAGUGAAAAUCCUUCAUAAUUCAUUCCCUCACAGAGAAGAUUUUGGUUGUUCCUCUUUCGAGGUUUUCUUUGCCAUGCAUAUGUCUGGAUAGAAUUAGCAGUAUUUUGGUCAGACACGGUGGCUCAUGCCUGUAAUCCCAGCACUUUGGGAGGCUGAGGUGGGCAAAUAACUUGAGGUCAGGAGUUCAAGACUAGCCUAGCCAACAUGGUGAAACCCCAUCUCUACUAAAAAAAAAAAAAAAAAAUUAAAAAUUAGCUGGGCCUGGUGGCUCAUGCCUGUAAUCCAAGCUACUUGGGAGGAUGAGACAUAAGAAUUGCUGGAACCCGGGAAGCAGAGGUUGCAGUAAGCUGGGAGCACACCACUGCACUCCAGCCUGGACAGGAAAGCAAGACUCAUUUCAAAAAACAAAGAAUUUGCAGUAUUUUGUAAAAAUGGGCUAUGCUUUUCAUACUGUUUUUCACUUUGCUUUUUAAACUUACUAUCAUUUGGACAUCUUUCCGUGUCAGUGUGUUCUUUUUAAUGCGACACUUUUUUAGUGCCUACAUAUAAUGUACUUUAUUUAACCAUUCUUCUAUUGUUAGGCAUUUGGGUCAUUUCUAAUUUUUUCCUUUCACAAAGCUGCAGUGAGCAUCCUUGUAUAUGUACAUCUUUGUACUCUUGCCGAAGUAUUUCUGCAGGAUAAAUUCCUUGAAGUGGGAUCACUGGGUUAGGAGAAGUGAACCUUUUACAUGUUAAUAACCAUUGCUAAAGGAUUUUUUAAAUGAGGGGGAAUUAGAUGAAUGAAUAUGAUAUUAAAAUAAUACUGUUGGGACCAUCCAGUAAAUUGUUAUCAUUAUUUUCCACAAACAAUAGAAGGAUUUUUUAUAUAAAAGUGGUUGCUUUUGUUUGUGUGUUUUGUUUGAGACAGAGUGUUGCUUUGUCACCCAGGCUGGAAUGCAGUGGUGAGAUCUUGGCUCACUGCAAGCUCUGCUGCCCAGGUUCAAGUGAUUCUCCUGCCUCAGCCUCCUGAGUAGCUGGGAUUAGAGGCGUGAGUCACCACACCUGUCUAAUUUUUGUAUUUUUAAUAGAGACAAGGUUUCACCAUGUUGUCCAGACUGGUCUCGAACUCCUAACCUCAAGGGCUCUGCCCACCUCAGCCUCCCAAAGUGCUGGGAUUACAGGCGUGAGCCAACACACCCAGCCUAUUAGUGUUUUUAUAGCGACAAAAUAUUUACUGAGACCUUUAGAAUAGGUCACCCUUCUUAGGUUCCUUGGCUGGAGAGAUUGGUUCAUAUACGCUACGUGGCAUACAUUUGGGGUUAGGAAAGAUCAGUAAGGAUUUUUUUUUUUUUGAGAUGGAGUCUCUCUCUGUUGUUCAGACUGGAGUCCAGUGGUGCGACCACAGCUCACUGCAGCCUUGAUCUCCUGGGCUCAGUUGAUCCUACUACCUCAGCCUCCCAAGUAGCUGGGACUACAGGUGCAUACCACCAUGCCCGGCUAAUUUUUAUAUUUUUUGUGAAACAGGAUUUUGCCAUGUUGCCUGGGCUGGUCUUGAACUCCUGGGCUUAAGUGAUCUGCCCACCUUGGCUUCCCAAAGUAGAGGGAUUAUAGGUUAGCCACUGCACCCGGCCAACAAGCCUUAUACAGUGUGUUGCACAGUUUAGAGUUGCCCUGGAAUCCAUCCAUCAUGCUUCCUGUCUCUGAAGUUCAAAGUGCUGAGGGAGUCAGCCUGCCUCUGUAACUCAGAGUGACUUGCAGAUAUUGACAGCAGGUCAUGUUUUACAUAAGGAACCUCAAUGAACUGUGGAGUUUUCUUGGGCUUAGCCUCCUCCUCUCUUUCCAAAAGUUAACAGAUGUGGUUCAGUCUUUUCCUGUUGAAGCCAUUUUUUAAAAUUUGCUUUUCUAUAGUUAAAAGUAAGUAAAUAAAACAGUAGGUAUUGGCCAGGUGUGGUAGCUCAUGCCUGUAAUCCCAACACUUUAGGAGGCUGAAGCGGAUGGAUCACCUGAGGUCAGGAGUUCAAGACCAGGCUGGGCAACAUGGUGAAAUCCUGUCUCUACUGGAAAUACAAAAAUUAGCCAGCAUGGUGGCACGUGUCUGUAAUCCCAGCUACUCCGGAGGCUGAGGCAUGAGAUUGCUUGAACCCAGGAGGCGGAGUUUGCAGUGAGCCGAGGUCACGCCAUUGCACUCCAGCCUGGGUGACAGAGCAAGACUCCAGACUCCAUCUCAAAAAAACAAAACAGUAGAUACUGAGCACCAAACUAUCUUAGGCACUUACCUUCUCUUAUUUAUCCUGUGCAGUGGGUAGCCUGUUGAGGAAGGUACUGGUUGAUAUCGCCUCUUUUCAUAUGAGGCAGUAGAGAGGUGACAGGCCCAGGAGAACUCUCUGCAGCUGCCAAGUGGCAAGAAUGAACCUCCAGGGACAGCCUAACCAGCCUGCCCUGCGUGCUUAAGCCUCUCAGCUGCCAAGGGUUCAUUUUAGAUGAAGAGAGAGGACUUGGGGAAAAGGAGCUUCUUUUCCCCAAGUUACAGUUAUUUUAUUUAAGUGCCUGCUUCAUACCUGAGGCUCUGUCAAGUGCUAGGUAAGCUGUGUGGAACAAACUUUCCACUGCCCUUAGCCAGUGGAGACAGACAUUGAAAAAAUAAGCAAAUAAAUAUUUGAUUCCAUUAGAUUACUAAAAGGGAAGGAUGAGGAACUAAAAGAAGACUUAUGUAGCUGGAGGGAGGUGAGGGAGAGGCAAGGGCUCAGGAAAAGCUGGAGGCCUGGCAGGGAUGGGAAAGUGCUGGGCUUGAGGCAAGUUGUGGUGCAUUUGCCUCAAGAGAGUCUGGGUUUGAUUAUUAGGGCAAUGGAAAGCUGUGAAAGCAUGUUAAGCAUGUUAAGCUAUUUGGGAGGCUGAGAGGGGAGGAUAGAUUGAAUCCAGGAGGUUGAGGCUGCAGUAAGCCAGGAUCUUGCCACUGCACUCCAGCCUGCAAGCAAGACCCUGCCUCAAAAAAAGAAAAAAGAAAAGAAAAUGAACACAUUUUAAGGAGGAAGGUGAAAUGACUAGUUUAGAGAGUGAAAUCCUUUUUUUUUUCCUUAAAUUAAGAUGUACUUGGAUUUGAAGUGUUUGAGACUUUAGCUGCAUUUUGAGAGUUUGCAGGCUCAUUUGCAGAAGGGACAGGGGCCGCUGCAGCUGUCCAAGCACAGCCCUCAGGGUCACGGAUACUUCUUAGCUCUGCCAUUCCAGUCCCUGGGGUCUUGAAGUCAGCAGAAUCCUGCCUCAAGCCCUGCUGUAUCCUGACUCUCCAGCCUUCUCUCUUGAGGGUGUUAGCAGUCUCAGCAUUGCUGUGCUCAGCAGCACACCACAGGGCUCUCUUCUCAGAUCCCAGAGGGAGAUCAGGCUUUGCCUCUUCUGUCCUGCAGAUGAGUGAAGAAAGUCAGGAAAGUUGGGUGAGGAGCUCAGAGCACAUCCCCAGGAAAGAUGUUGCUAGGCUGCAGGCAGCUUCUCAUCUACAGCUCACCUGCCUUUCUUCCCUCGUGUCUCUAAUGUAUGUGGUCUUAAUACCUUUUCCUCAAGUAAAGCUUUCUGGAAAGAGGUGCUCCAUCAUUACCAAUGAGAGCUGUCGAGCUGUCUCUCUCUUUUUUGGAGACAGAAUCUUACUCUGUUGCCCAAGCUGGAGUGCAGUGGUGCAAUCUUGGCUCACUGCAGCCUCCAACUCCUGGGUUAAUAGUAUCCUCAUGCCUCAGACUCUUGAGUAGCUGGGAUUACAGAUUUUUGUAUUUUUACACCCAGCUAAUUUUUGUAUUUUUAGUAGAGAUGGGGUUUCACCAUGUUGGCCAUGCUGGUCUCAAACUCCUGGGUUCAAGUGAUCUGCCCGCCCUUGCCUCCCAAAAUACUGGAGUUACAGACAUGAGCCACUGGGCCCAGCUUCAAGCUCUCUUGUUUCCUGGUUUCACUAAGCUGUCUGUUGCCCCAGUCAGCUAACUAAAGCCAGAUGGAGCUGCCUGCUUAUAUUCGUAUCAUUUUUCUCCCUCACACUCUUUUUAAUUUUCCUGAGAUUUUCUUUGCCUCAACCUGAUUCAUUCUCUUUUCUGCUUGCUGUAGAUCUGUGAAAUAUUUUCACUUCCAUCUGUUAGUAACACUGACCAACUAUAAGACAAAACAACCCCUGAUUUCUCUGCACUUUCCCAAGAUUUUAGGUUAAUAGUUGAAAGAUUGUGUUCCUGCUGUACUGAAGGAAAACAGGUCAGUCCCUCAGAAAUGAGUUUGUGCCCUAAAACUUACGUGAUUUAGCCGAUAUAUAAAUCUGGGUGUUUUUAGGGAAAACUGAAACCCUAAGAGCAGAGGUUGGCAAGUUCAGCCUGCAGGCCAAAUCCUGAUAGCCGCCUGUUUUUAUAAGUAAAAUCAUAUUGGAACACAGCCAUACCCAUCAUGGAUUACCUGGGCUUCUUUUGUGCUAUAGCAGUGGGGUUGAGUAGUUGUAACAAGAAUGAUAUGACCCUCGAAGCCUGAAAUAUUUGAUCUCUGGCUAUUUACUGCAAAAGUCAGCCAACACCUGACUUAAGAUAAUGUUUUCCACUUUUGAAUAACAACUCAAGUGGAGAGGUAGCUAUCUCUGUGAGAUUUUAGAGGCCCUGAGAAAUGAGUUCCCUCAGCUGGGUCCUGUGCUGUGGCCCAUGGUAGAGUAAUCAAUUACAGUACCUAGAGGGUUUGUUGGGGUAGGGAGUAUGCAUCUCCUGCUGUGUUGCUGAAGGAUUUGAAGCAAAUUCCUUUAGCUUCCAUGGGUCUGUAUCCUACUUGGAGAAGUACAUUAAAUGCUUUGAAACUCUUAGUAGAGUCUAUUUGAUACAGGCAUUCAACUAGGAAAAUUCACCCUUAGACUAGGUCAUUGGCUCUUUCAGCAGAAUGUGGCCCUUUUGUCUCUAGCACCUGCAAUUCAGGGAUGCUUUCUGCAGGGGGCAGUGAAGUCCACUGGCAAGCAGAGAGAGCAGCUGGAGAGUUAGGACAGGAGAUUUAGCUCUCUGCAGAAGGUAAAGCCCUUUGGUGAGUGGAAACUGCUCACCAUAAGUGUUCAGUGAAGAGGGCUGGAGAAGAACGUGGCUGAGAGCAGGCAUCCAAAUGGCAGGUUGCCUGGGUUUAAAUCCUAGUUGGGCCAUGUGGGACCAAAAUUGAACAUUUCCAAGGAUCAGUUACUUCAUCUGUGAAACAGAGGUAAUAGUAAUAUCUACUUCACCGGGCGCAGUGGCUCAAGCCUGUAAUCCCAGCACUUUGGGAGGCCGAGGCAGGUGGAUCACGAGGUCAAGAGAUCGAGACCAUCCUGGUCAACAUGGUGAAACCCCGUCUCUACUAAAAAUCAAAAAAAUUAGCUGGGCAUGGUAGCACGUGCCUGUAAUCCUGAGGCGGGAGAAUUGCUUGAACCCAGGAGGCGGAGGUUGCGGUGAGCCGAGAUUGCGCCAUUGCACUCCAGCCUGGGUAACAAGAGCGAAACUCCGUCUCAAAAAAAAAAAAAAGUAAUAUCUACUUCAUGAUAUAGGUAGUCCUCCUAAUGCAGAGCCUAGCAUUAUACAUGGAAACAAUAUUAUUUAUGUUGUUAAGAAACAUAUUGCAAAAUAAAAGGAAACAGGUUGUUGUUUUUUUUUUAAAGCAGCAUAGGCCAGGUGCUAUGGCUCACGCCUAUAACCUCAGUGCUUUGGAAGGCUGAGACUGGAGAAUCGCUUGAGCCCAGGAGUUGGAAACUGAGCUCAUGAGACCCUGUUUCUACAAAAAUAAAAUAAAGUUAUCUGGGUGUGGUUAUGUGCUCCUGUAGCCCCAGCUAGUUGGGAGGCUGAGGUGGGAGGAUCACUUGCUUGAGCCCACAAUCAUAAGGGAUGAUUGUGACACUGCACCCCAGCCUGGGCAACAGAAUGAGAACCUGUCUUAAAAAAAAAAAAAAAGGACUGGGACUGUGACUCAUCCCUGUAAUCUUAGCACUUUGGGAGGUCCAGGUGUGUUGAUCACUUGAGCCCAGGAGUUCAAGACCAGUUUGGGCAACAUGGUGAAACCCUAUCUCUACAAAAAAUACAAAACUUAGCCAGGCAUGGUAGUUUGCAUCUGUAGUCCUAGCCACUCAGGAAGCUGAGGCGAGAGGAUCACCUGACCCCCAUUUGGGGAGUUAGAGGUUAUAUGAGCCAAGAUUAUGCCACUGCAUUCCAGCCUGGGUGGCAGGGCAAGACCCUAUCUCUAAAAAGAAAGAAAGAAAAAGAAAAAAAUAUAUUGCAACACUUUAUACAGUUAGGUUCCAAUUCUGGUAACAAUAUGUACAUGUCCACAUACAUCACUGGGAGACACGUGAAAAUAUUCACCAAAGGCCAUCUUAGGGUGAUGGGGCUACAUGUCAGUGAUAUCUUCCUUUUUUGUACUUUCUUGCCAUUUUGAAUUUUUUUGCAUAGAGCCUAGGUUUCAUUAUCAGAAAUGAAAAAACCGAAAGGAUAACUAUGACUGAUUUUUUUUUUCCAGACGGAGUCUUGCUCUUUGUCAUCCAUGCUGGAGUGCAAGGGUGUGAUCUUGGCUCACUGCAACCUCUGCCUCCUGGGUUCAAAUGAGUCUCCUACCUUGGCCUCCCAAGUAUCUGGGAUUACAGGUGCCUGCCACCAUGCCUGGCUAAUUUUUGUAUUUUUAGUAGAGACAGGGUUUCGCCAUGUUGGCCAGUCUGGUCUUGAACUCAUGACUUCAAGUGAUCCCCCUGCCUUGGCCUCCCAAAGUGCUGGGAUUUAUACGUGUGAGCCACUGAGCCCAGCCAAAUUUUUCUUUUUCCUUUUUUUUUUUUUGGACAGGGUCUCAUUCUGUUACCCAGGCUGGAGUGCAGAGGUUCAAUCACAGCUCACUGCAGCCUUGUCCUCCCUGGGCUUAGGUGAUUCUUCCACCUCAGCCUCCCGAGUAGUUGGGACUACAGGUGCACAUCACCAUGCCUGGCUAAUUUUUCUAUUUAUUUUUCUAUUUUUUUUGUACAGCUGGGGUUUCCCCCAUGUUGCUCAGGCUGGUCUCAAACUCCUGGACUCAAGCCUUCUACCUGCCUCAGCCUCCCAAAUCUCUGGGAUUACAGGCUUGAGCCACCAUGCCUGGCUACAUGACUGAAUUUUUCAAAGAACUUCUCAGAGGCUAGGGACAGUGAGCCCUGAGAAGCAACCCUAGGCCUCAAGUGCGGGUGUGGACAGGUUACCACUUCAAGGCAUGCUCUCUGGUACUAAGGAGAAUGUGUUUAUUGGAACAGCUUUGAAUAAGAUACAGUGAUCUGCUUUCUUUCUUUCUCCUUUUUUUUUUGAGACAGAGUCUUGCUCUGUUGCUAGGCUGGAGUGCAAUGGUGCGAUCUUGGCUCACUGCAUCCUCUGCCUCCUGGGUUCAAGUGAUUCUCCUGCCUCUCAGCCUCCCGAGUAGCUGGGACUACAGGCAUACGUUACCACGCCCAGCUAAUUUUUGUAUUUUUAGUAGAGAUGGGGUUUCACCAUGUUGGCAAGGAUGGUCUCUAUUUUUCAACCUCAUGAUUUGCCUACCUUGGCCUCCCAAGGUGCUAGGAUUACAGGUGUGAGCCACCGCGCCCAGCCGUAGUCUGCUUUCUUACUCAGUUUCUUCAUAGCUCUCUCAGGGGAAAAUGACUGGCAUCCCUAAGCCAGACACAGUACUGAUUGGGCUUCCCUGGGAGUGGGUCUCCACCACCAGGCCUGUCUUCUUGCCUUGCAGGGCAGACAUGCAGACAAGCUUGUUGUCGAGGUUCUUUCCAGGACUCAAGGACCAGGAGAACAGAAUGGCCCUCCCUCGAGCGUUCUGAUGAGGUUCAAGCAGCAUUUCUGAUUCCUUACAGAGCCCUCUCUCUGGGAAAAUGACAGUUGGAACUCGAGCCAGGGGAGGAAAAGAUAAGGGAGGGAAUUCGGGUGCUUUUAAAGAGGGAUUGCAGCACACCCAAGCAGUGGAUUGUUGUUUUGCUGGCAUGCAGCAGGUAGACUCUAAAACAGCAGUGGGGGGCUUUCUCUGCCUUAUCCUGCUUGGCCCAGCAGAAGCUGCAUACCUGGGGCACUGUGCCAGGCAGGGGACGCAUCUUCAGGGAAGACUGCAGCAAUAUUCCCCAGCCCCAGGCCUAACUCCGGCAGCCUGUAUUUGGCUUUGAAGAUUUAGGGAGAACAGGACACUAUCAACCUCCGGGGCCAACCGGGCAUGUCUAGGUCCUCCUGUAUUGAGCACCAUGGUGACCUGAACACAGGAAAACCUUUGUCCUUUGCUUCUCUUUAUUGGGCCACUCACAUCACACGUUCAUUGUCUUCUGUCCUUGGCUGGUACACUCUUAUUCCCCCAAACAAAUAUAGCUUUAUUGUUUUUCUAAUUACAAAAAGGACAUUUUAAAAAUCCAGACAAUACUGAAAACAUGAAGAAACCAAGUUGCAGAACAAUGUGUAGAGCAGAGUUUCAUAUUUACUUUAAGAAAAGAAGAAAGUAGCUUUGUGCAGUGGCAGUAUCAUAGCCAAUGAAGUUUAUCUGAGGUGCAAUUAUUGCUAAUUGAAAACUUCCCAAUACCUCGCCAUGACGACUUGAAAUAUAGUCGGCAUUGGCAAUGUUUGACAGUCUCUACGGGACAGAAUUAAAUAAAAAAAAGAGAAAAGUAUGACUUUGAUUAUACAUGCUCAAAAGAAAGUCUUAAAGAUUACAUAUCAAAUGUUAACAGAAAAUGUUAAUAGCUGAGAAAUCGGACUGAUGGGAAAAGAGAUUUCUAUUUUUUACCUUUUACAUUUCUUUGUUGUUUGACUUUCUUAUAGUAAGACUAUAUUUGUAACUUAAAUAUAUAUUGAAAACAAAAAUAAUAUGCUUUUGAGACAGCCAUUUUUAUUUGGUUAUCAUCCUUCUAGAUAUGUCUCUAUACAUAAAAUAGGCAGUUUGACUAAAUACUGUAAAUACUAACAUGCUUUCUUCACACAGCGUCAUGUCAUGGAAGUCUUUCUAGCUAAGUACAUGUAGCUUGGCUGGGCACAGUGGCUCACAUCUGUAAUCCCAACACUUUGAGAGGCCGAGGCGGGUGGAUCACUCCUGACCAGGAGUUCAAGAUCAGCCUGGCCAACCCCAUCUCUACUAAAAAUACAAAAAUUAGCCAGGCAAGGUAGCAGGCACCUGUAAUCCCAGCUAUUUGGGAGGCUAAGGCAGGAGAUUCGCUUGAACCCAGGAAGUGGAGAUUGCAGUGAGCCAAGAUGGCACUAUUGCACUCCAGCCUGGACAACAAAAGCAAAACUCUGUCUCAAAAAAAAAAAAAAUAAAAUAUAUAUAUAUAUAUAUAUAUAUGUAUAUAUAUAUGUAUGUGUGUAUACCCACACAUAUACAUACACAUAUAUAUGCAUAGCAGUGCUUAUAAUGGUUGGAUGACAUUUCAUUAUAUGAUACUAACAUAACAGACCCCUCUGUAUAAAUAGACUCCUCUGGAUGAACUUUCAGAUAGUUUCCAGUUUCCCUAUUUUAAACAACACUAUAAGGUUGUUGCUCAUAUAUGAACAUCUUGGCAACUGUGUCCAAUUAUCUCAGGGUCAGUUCCUAAAGUGGGAUUGAAGGUCACAAGGUCUACACAUUUUACAGUUUGGCACAUAUGCCCAACUGUCCUCCUAGAAGGUGAUUCCUCAAGGCAGGGUGGUCCCUGCCACAGUUGCCACUGUGCUCUCACCUGUGGUCAUGGCCAUUUGGCAGCCUAGGCACUGAAGAAGCACUGUGUAGUCUUUCAAGUCCAUAAAAUAAGACACAGGACUCUUCCCACCUUUGGUAGCUUUAAGAUUGGCUGCAUUCCAAUAUUAAGGAAGUGCUUUGAGGCUGGAGGCCUGCAGGUUACUCAGACUCUGUGGCCCUCAGAAAGCCCUGCACCACCUGAGUUCACCCUCACAACUUAGUCCCUUCUCCAUCUCUCCAAGCCGGAAGAAAUUUCCUGAAAGAGUCUGGCCUGAACACCAAAAGGUUUCACUCAUGAUUUAUUACCACCUCUUCCUAUAAUCAAAUCACCCAAAAUUGGUUAUUUGUAACCCCCUUCCUGUAUCUGAUUGGUAGGUAAACUUUGGAACUUGGGCAGAUACAUAGACCACUGGGUGACUGGUCUAUACACAGAUACUCAGAGAUAAGCACCUGCCUCAUGUCCCAUCUCUUGACUCAACAGCCCCUUCUGGGAGCACAUUCAACAAGGGACUUAGACCAAUCAGAGUGUGUCCAGAGAAUGUUGGCUUUCAAACUGGCAAAACCUUUCAGAACUGUCCAUCUGUGAGGAAUGACUAUACAAGUGAAAUAACUGGAAAUAUUCCAGUUUAAAGAAGAAAAGACUUUGAGAUGGAGUAUGUAGGGAGUUGAACUAUGACCCACAACAGGUGUUUAAAAAUAUUUGACGUCUUGCCAUAUGGAAAAGGGAUUUGACUUUUUCUUUGUUGCUCAGAAUAGAGAACUAGAAAAUUGUUAACUAUUCAUUGGGAUGUAGAAGCAGUUCCUAAUGUGGAUAGGCACUGGGAGGCAGUAAACUCACCAUCCCUGAAGUUUUCCUAGUAGUCUGGGCAGUAGCUGGCACAGGCCCUUAUAGAGAGGAUUUAAGCGAAGGGUGUGGAGUUGGUGAUUCGGGAAUCUAGGCUGCCACACCCAGGGACUAUUUAUUUAUUUAUUUAUUUUAUUUAUUUAAUUUAUUUAUUUAUUUAUUUUUUGAGACAGAGUCUUGCUUUGUUGUCCAGGCUGGAAUGCAGUGGCACAAUCUUGGCUCACUGCAGCCUCUGACUCCUGGGUUCAAGCAAUUCCCCUGCCUCAGCCUCCUGAGUAGCUUGGAUUACAGGCACAUGCCACCAUACCUGGCUAGUUUUUGUAUUUUUAGUAGAGAUGGGGUUUCACCAUGUUGGCCAAGUUGGUCUCGAACUCCUGACCUUGUGAUCCACCCACUUUGGUCUCCCAAAGGAGACCAUUUAUUAAUGCUGGUUUUUGUUUGUUUGUUUGUUUUUUCUAAUCAGUAUUUUUGUGAUUCCUUGUUCUGUGCUCCAGUCUAGUUUCUUGCAGACAAGUCCUUCCUUCUUCUCGAUGCUCCCCAGGUCCUCCAGGUCUGACCCAGCAGGGUGACUUCUGAGAACAUCCAUAAGUAUCAUAGCUGUGCUUCUUGGUAUAAAUUAAUGCAGGAAGAAGGGGAUUCAUUUCCUAAGCUGAAAAUUAGAAUCCUGGCUCCUCGAGAAGAUAUCUGCUCUGCCACUGUGGGUGGAUUCUGUGUCUGUGUCUCAGUCUGCUGGAUCCUCCUGUCUUCGUUCCUUUUUGUGUAAAUAGUGGCGGUGUUUUCCGGUGGUUGAAUCUUUCAAAUGAAUAGCAGCUGCUUAAUUUGUACAGUACUUUCAGUAUACAAGGCAAUUUUUAUGUAUUUUCUUUUCUUGAAUUCUUUAAAAAAAAAACUUUAAGGUAGACAGGAUAUCAUCACAUCUGUUUUGGUAUCUGAAAAAAAUGGAUGCAGAGAAGUUAAGUGACUUCUUCAAGGUUACAUAGUAAGAAAAUUAUAUCAGAUAAUACGGCUAAGAGAGAAGACUCUUAAGUAAUGCUUUUACCUUACACUAAGUUGGCCAAUGACUGAGCUAAAGAGAAGUUAGUGUUUCAUUUAUCUUUUUUAGGGUUGCUGAGGAUGAGGCCAACCAAAUUCUCUCUGGGUUAAAAGUUGAUGUUCAAGCAGGCCGAGUGCAGUGGCUCACACCUGUAAUCCCUGCAGGUUUGGGAGGCCAAGGUGGGUGGAUCACCUGAGGACAGGAGAUCAAGACCACCCACAGGUGAGAACACAGUGGCAACUGUGGCAGGGGCCAACCUGCCUUGAGGAAUCACCUUCUAGGAGGACAGUUGGGCAUAUGUGCCAAAUUGUAAAAUGUGCAGACCUUGUGACCUCCAAUCCCGCUUUAGGAACUGACCCUGAGAUAAUUGGACACAGUUGCCAAGAUGUUCAUAUAUGAGCAACAACCUUAUAGUGUUGUUUAAAAUAGGAAAAACUGGAAACUAUCUGAAAGUUCAUCCAGGGGAGUCUACAGGGGUAACAGCUCACUGUAACCCUCUAGUAUAAAUAGACUCCCAUCUGAUGAAAGCCUUCUUGCUGGUGAGGACUCCCUGCAGAGUCCCAGGGUGGUGCAGGACAUGAAUGGCAAAGGGGCUGAACUUGCUAGCUCAGGUCUCUUCUUAUAAAGCCACCAGUUCUCACUCCUACCACUCGCCCACCUCUGUGAUAAUCCAUUAACUUAUUGAUCUAUAUAUGAAGGCAGAGCCCUCAUGACCCAAUCACCUCUUAAAGGCCCCACAUCUCAGUACUGCCAGUUUGGAGAUUGAGUUUCAAUAUACAUUCUGAAGGGGGCAGACAUUCAAAUCAUACCACCUAACUUUCUUGAGUGUCCAGAUUAGUGCCAUUGCAUUCGGAGUGAUGCUACAGUAGCUGGCUGCUGGUAUCACAUAGCAGAGUGGUCAAGGAGGAGGAUCAUCUUUCUGACAUUAAGUAUAUAGAUAAUACAUAAAUAAAUUUCAGAUUUUUUUUUUUUUUUUUUUUUUUUGGAGACAGGAUUUCUGUCUCCCAGGCUAGAGUGCAGUGAUGUGAUCUUGGCUCACUGCAGCCCCAAACUCCCAGGCUCAAGUGAUCCUCCCACCUCAGCCCACUUCAGAUCCUCCCACCUGAGCACAUGCCACCACACCCCGGUAAUUUUUGUGUGUUUUCUUUGUAGAGAUGGUGUCUUGCUAAAUAAAAUAGUAAAAACUGGAAACUAUCUGAAAGUUCAUCCAGGGGAGUCUACAGGGUAACAGCUCACUGUAACCCUCUAGUAUAAAUAGACUCCCAUCUGAUAAAAGCCUUCUUGCUGGUAAGGACUCCCUGCAGAGUCCCAGGGUGGUGCAGGACAUGAAUGGCAAAGGGGUUGAACUUUGCAGAGGGGCUGCUCAGAGUGGUCUCAAACUUCUGAACUGAAGUGAUCCACCUACCUCAGCCUCCCAAAGUGCUGGGAUUACAGGCAUGAGGUACCACACCUGACCUCAGAUGUUAAAAAGUUAGACUAUACAGAUAAAGUCAAAGUCCUCCAUGACCAUCCCACCCAAUCUCAGGGACCUCCUUAAAGGAAUGUACUUUAUCCAUUUGGUGUGAGUCCUUGCAGCUGGCCAGAUUUUUUUUCCAUGUAUUCACCUUCUAGGUACCUAUGAAAUGAUUUGGGUUUCUAUGUUUUUUUUUUUUUUUCUUUCUUUAAUGUGAGUGAAACUGUACUGCCCUUCACAAUUUGAUUUUUUUCAGUUGACAGUAUGUUUUGAAGAUCUUUAUUUAAUUUUUUUUACUGUUGCCUGUGAUUUUAUUGUAUGAAUAAACCAUAGUUUAACUAUUCCCCUGGUGAUGCACCUUUAGGUUAUUGCCAUUUUUCCAGUAUUACAAACAGUGCACAGGUGCAGUGACCAUCCUUGUUCAUUCUUCCCUGUGACAAGUUUUGCUCUAGGGUAGAUACUUAGAAGUACAAUGAUUGGGUUGAAGGGAAGGUACCUUUUGUAUUAAUAGAUUCUGCUAUUUGGUCCUCCAAAAUGAUCAUACUAGUUUAUAGGUCCCUGGCAACUAAAUGUUUUCAUUUGUUUUGUCUUACAGUGACAGGGUCUUGCUCUGUUGCCCAGGCUGGAAUGCAAUGGUAUGAUUAUAGCUCACUGUAACCUCGAACACCUGGGCUCAAACGAUCCUCCAGCCUCUGCCUCCUGAGUAGCUGUGGGACUACAAGUGUGCACCACCAUGCCUGGCAAUUUUUAAAUUUUUCUGUAGAGACAGGGUCUCACUGUGUUGCCCAGGCUGGUCUUGAACCUCCUGGUCUCAAGUGACCUUCCUGCCUCAGCCUCCCAAAGCUGUGGGAUUGCACGUGUGAAUCACUGUACCCAGUCUAAGUAGAAUUAACUGGUCUCUUCAGAAAGGAGAUGGAAGGGGUAGAAGCAUUUGCUGGAUUUUAAAGCUUCAAAGGAUUUUCUGUGAUUUUUUUUUUUUUUUUUUGUAAUGGGGUCUUAAUGUCUCACUCUGUCACCCAGGCAGGAGUGCACUGGUGUGAUCUUGACUCACUGCAGCCUCCAUGUUCCAGGGCUUAGGUGAUCCUCCCACUUCAGCUUCCUGGGUAACUGGGACCACAGGCAUGUGCCACUACACCUAGGUUUUUUAUUUUUUGCAGAGACAGGGUUUUGCCAUGUUGCUGAGGCUGGUCUCAAACUCCUGUGCUCAAGUGAUCUACCCACCUCAGCCUCCCAAAGUGCCAGGAUUACAGGCAUGAGUCACUGUACCUGACCCUCCUGGCAUUCUUUGGUUGAAAUGUAUAUAGGACUACAAGUUUAAAACCUUAGUCCCUUUGGCUUUAAAAACAAAGAAGCUUGGGACCAAGCUCCAUGGCUCAUGUCUGUAAUCCCAGCACUUUGGGAGGCCGAGGUAGGUGGAUCACUUGAGGUGAGGAGUUUGAGACCAGCCUGGCCAACAUGGCAAAACCUCAUCUCUACUAAAAAUACAAAAAUUAGCCAGACGUGGUAAAGCGGGCCUGUGAUCCCAGCUAUUUGGGAGGCUGAGGCAUGAGAUUUGCAGUGAGCUGAGAUGGCACCACUGCACUCCAAUUUGGGUGAGACUCUGUCUCAAAGGAAAAACAAAGAACAAAGAGGCUUAGGCUCUGCCUUGUGUGUAGGUGGCAGGCCCUCAUGCUGGUGAAGGAGAGAGAGGAAUGAGGGCAGGUCUUGCCCGGUUACAAGUUUGUGGGGAGAAGAUUCUUCCUUCUCGCACUGACAGGUGUCUAAACAGAUGGAGCUGCUUAAAAAGAAAAGUGAAAGCAUCUGCUAGAUUAGGACUCCAGGCUCUCUCUAAGGGGUAAGCACGGACCUGUGUUCUUUACAGGUAGGCAUAGCACAUAUGGGUGAGUAAAUGAUAGUAACAGCUACCAUAGGCCAGGUGAACCCUCCUGAGCUCUAUGGGCAGUCAGGGUCCUUGCCCUCACUGUGGGGAGAAUUAGGUUGUCCACUGUGUGCCCUGCCCAUGUGGGCACAGGUGAGUAUUGGGUCCACAGUCUUUCUCUAGGGGAGCCGUAUCAGUCCAGUUCUGAAAGGUUUGUAGCCCCCUAGACUCGCUUUGGGGUGAGAGCCUACAGGGCCUCCGGCAGCCCGCCAGCCUCCCACCUGCCCUUCUGUGACCUGUAUUCCAGUUUGCUGAGCUUCUCUGCUUAUAAAGGGAUUUUCCUUACACUACACUGUUUGCCUUUAUGAUUGUGGCUUUGAGGGAGAAGAAGGAAGCUGAAAAGCAGGAGAUUCUGGAGAAAAUGCAUAGGGAAGCAGUUUUGAGUCUCCUUUGGCUAGCUGUGCAAUUCCUUUGAUUCCAGGCAGAACCUGGAAGGAAUAGCCUUUACGUUUCCUUUCAGUUUUGCAAGAGCAAAUAUGUCUCCUCUCAGUCUUCUUUAUUUAAUCAUGUAUUCAUUUCCCGUCUUCAUGUCUUGCAACCACAUUUAGCCAAAUUAAUAUCAGACAGAGCUAGCUGAGGGAAGCUCUCUGACCAAACAAUCAAUGAACUUUUCAAGUGAUCAAAAUGCAUCCAAAACUUUGAAAAUGUAGGUGGGUGGGGGGAGGGGUUCUUGCUUCUACCUAUGGACAUAUUGGGAACUCUACAACUAGUCACCAUCUGCACCAUUUGUCCAGUUAUGAAGAACUUUACCUUCUAGCCCCAAGAGCUCCUCAACCACAUAUACAGAGAAUCUGUUUUGGGUUCCCCUCACCCCAGUUUGUUUGUUUUGUUGUUUUUUUCUUUCUUAAAAGAGUUUCUGGCUGGGUGCCGUGGCUCACACCUGUAAUCCCAGCACUUUGGAAGGCCGAGGCAGGUGGAUCAACUGAGGUCAGGAGUUCAAGACCAGCAUGGCCAACAAAUUUUGUAUAUUUAGUAAUGAAACCCUGUCUUCACUAAAUAUACAAAAAUUAGCCGAGCAUAGUGGCGGGCACCUGUAAUCUCAGCUACUUGGGAGACUGAGGCAGAAGAAUUGUUUGAACCCAGGAGGGGGUAGUUGCAGUGAGCCUAGAUCACGCCAUUGCACUCCACCCUGGGCAACAGAGCAAAACUCCAUCUAAAUAAAUAAAUAAUGGAGUUUCUGUCAUGGCUCUUCUCUGAAGUUUGAUUGGAAACCCUGCAGAGGGGCUGCUGUGCAGUCAACCAUGUUCCUGGGAUUAUCCUUCCUCAGGAGCAUCUGUCUGCUGUGCACUAUGUGGGGAGAAAGGCAGGGGUGCCAAAUUAUGUUGGUUUGUAACAAAUUGUAGCUUCUGAGCUGGGUAGUAUCCCAUCUUUUCCUCUCCUUGCAGGAAUUCCACUGUUAAAGGGGAAUUGCCCAGAAUGUGUUUGUUUGUUUAUUUAUUUGUUUGUUUAUUUAUUUGCUCCUACACUAUUUAUACAUCAUUGCAUUCAACUUCUGUCCCAGUUCCUAGUGUGGCCCUUGCCUCACGACUCUGUUGCAGGGUUCUUUGGCUUUGGCCUGGGGAGGGGGUGUGGAGCCAGGCAGGCAGGGAAGUGGAGGGAGGUGCUCACUCUGAGCUUUAUUUGGAUUCCUGGAGGAAGGAGAGUUGCUGUUACCAGGAAGAGGUGAGUGUUGACCAGACAAGAAGAGGAUCUGCGGCCUUCUUUUGGUGGGUGGCUGCUGUCAAGGAAGAAUUUGCCUGGACGAGGCUCUGGGUCUUCGUGCUGGCAGUGCCCUCUGUACAGUGCCUGGGGUUGCCUCUCCCUAAAAUGAGGGUAGCAUUGUGUGGGUGUGCUUAGGGCUCCAGAAAUGUCAUUUGUGGCUGUGCUACACCCCGUGGCCUCCUAAAACUUAGUAGGCUCUUCAUUUCUGGCAGUAGACUAGGCACAUGCAUCCCCAUUCUCCUCUCUGGUUGAUCUAGAAAUAAGGCUUGGGUUGGGCGGGUGGCUCAUGCGUGUAAUCCCAGCACUUUAGGAAGCUGAGGCAGGUGGCUUACUUGAGGUCAGGAGUUAGCCUGGCCAUCGUGGCAAAACUCCAUCUCUACUAAAUACAGAAAUUAGCUUGACGUGGUGGCAUGCAUCUGUGGUCCCAGCUUCUUGGUAGGCUGAGGCACGGGAAUCACUUGAACCCAGUAGGUGGAGGUUGCAGUGAGCCAAGGUUGUAUUAUCGCACACCAGCCUGGGCGACAGAGAGAGACUCUGUCAGAAGAAGAAGAAGAAGUGGGGGGGGGGGGGAGGAAAUAAUUAGGCGUGGGUUUUAGAAAUUAUGGUGGGCUUACAGAGAGAUCCAGUGGGGGCAGUGGGCAGACUGAGUGGCCCCCAUUAGAAGCACCUGGGCUGGGCAGAGGCCAAUAGGACUGGCUUUGAACUUCACAUCCUUCACUGCCUUAGCCGGAGACAUUUCAUUCAGCAAAACCUCCAGAUUUUCUCCUCCUCUCAAUGGGGAGUCAUGAAGCUUCCAGGCCUGUGCAGACCUGUAGUUCUGCCCCCAUAAAUAUAUAUCUGCUCGUGGGCCUCUGUUGACUUGAGAAGGGGCUGUCUUCCAAUUUCAGAGGAAGCUGAGCAGCCCACUGUGGCUGCAGCAGUAGAAGCUUGAGCCUUCUCAAGAAGGAGGGUGGGUUAAGCAAUGGCCAGAGCCUCCCCAAGAGUGUCGGCUUCAUCCUGGAACUUCCAGAGAUGGGGCAUAGGCUAACUGAACCUUGCCUCUUCAGCAAUCUGUGUCAGUGGGGACAUGUCUGGCACAUCUAGCAUUUUGGGAAAGAACUGCUAAGCCCUCCUAGGACCUGCUCUGGAUGUUCACAGAGGACACUUAAGCCCUGGUGGUCAGAAUGAUUUGUGAACACCAAAAAGGCAAGAGUAGUGGAGCUUUUUCUUGACAGACUAUGAUGAUUGUGCCAUUGUCAAAUAUUUGACCUCCAAGGUGACAGACCUGAGUCUGCCAGCCCACUUUGGGUCACCUCCCAUUUUACUGCUCUCUCAAAAAACACCUCUUGCAGACCAACCACUCCUGUGACACCUCUGGCAUAGUCCAGCUGCAUUUCCUGCCCUUGUUCUCUGUCCCUGGAAAGCACAGAAUUAUCUCAGAGCAUGCAGAAGAGCACCUGGAGAAAAGGGGCAUUUGGCUUCACAGCACCAAGCUUCACGAUCCUGGGCUCCAAAAGGGAACAUUAUUAGCCUCCUCUCCACAGACCAAGCAUGUUAUUUCUGACCUUGGGGUGGGGCGUUAGUUUCCAGGCUAUUAUGUAGAACAUCCCGGGGCCUGCCCUUUUGCACAGAAGGAAGGCAGGCCAGCACUGUCCAGAGUUAGGAUGAAUUAAGAACUCUUGAAGACUACAACCAUCUGAUCUUUGACAAACCUGACAAAAACAAGCAAUGGGGAAAGGAUUCCCUGUUUAAUAAAUGGUGUUGGGAAAACUGGCUAGCCAUGUGCAGAAAGCAGAAACUGGACCCCUUCCUGACACCUUACACUAAAGUUAACUCCAGAUGGAUUAAAGACUUAAACAUAAGACCUAACACCAUAAAAACACUAGAAGAAAAUCUAGGCAAGACCCUUCCGGACAUAGGCGUAAGCAAGGACUUUAUGACCAAAAUACCAAAAGCAUUGGCAACAAAAGCCAAAAUAGACAAAUGGGACCUAAUCAAACUCCACAGCUUCUGCAUGGCAAAAGAAACAGUCAUUAGAGUGAAUCGGCAACCAACAGAACGGGAAAAAAAUUUUUGCAGUUUACCCAUCUGACAAAGGGCUGAUAUCCAGAAUUUACAAAGAACUCAAACAGAUUUACAAGAAAAAAACAAAGAAGCCCAUUUAAAAGUGGGCGAAGGAUAUGAACAGACACUUUACAAAAGAAGACAUACAUGAGGGCAACAAGCAUAUGAAAAAAUGCUCAUCAUCACUGGUUAUUAAAUGCAAAUCAAAACUACAUUGAGAUACCAUCUCACACCAGUUAGAAUGGCGAUCAUUAAAAAAUCUGGAGACAACAGAUGCUGGAAAGUAUGUGGAGAAAUAGGAACAGUUUUACACUUGGUGGGAGUGUAAAUUAGUUCAACCAUUGUGGAAAACAGUGUGGCGAUUCCUCAAGGACCUAGAAACAGAAAUUCCAUUUGACCCAGCAAUCCCAUUACUGGGUAUAUAUCCAAAGGAUUAUAAAUUGUUCUACUAUAAGGACACAUGCACAUGAAUGUUCAUUGCAGCACUGUUUACAAUAGCAAAGACCUGGAACCAACCCAAAUGCCCAUCGAUGAUAGACUGGACAAGGAAAAUGUGGCACAUAUACACCAUGGAAUGCUAUGCAGCCAUAAAAAACGAUGAUGUCCUUUGUAGGGACAUGGUUGAACCUGGAAACCAUCAUUCUCAGCAAACUGACACAAGAACAGAAAAUCAAACACGGCAUGUUCUUACUCGUAGGCAGGUGUUGAACAAUUAAGAACACAUGGACACAGGGAGGGGAGCAUCACACACUGGGAUC